AUGUCGCUCUACUCAGAUCCGCCACGGCUGCACAGUUUUCAGGACGACAAGCCGAGCCUUAUGGUUUGUUGGUGGAUCACACUAUUUUGCGCGACCAUCAUACUUUUCCGUGUUGCCGGCCGCUUCAUACGAUCAGAAAUGCUAUUCAGGGAGGACAAGACUGCAGCACUCGCCCUGAUACCACUUUUCGCACGUAUGGCUUGCUUGCACGUCGUCUUUCUUUUCGGAACAAACAACGCCCAGUUACCAGACAAUCUAAGUGUCGAAGAGUUACGGAGGAGAUCAAUCGGCAGUGGGUUAGUACUCGCAACUCGGGUGCUCUAUGCAGCAACGCUUUGGAUCCUGAAGAGUGCCGUUCUCGAAUUCUUCAAGCGGCUAACAAGCACCUCCUGGAAACAAUCCUACGAUUUCAUGCUGCUUAUCAUCAGAUGCACUCUCGCCAUUACUUUCCUCGGCGUUGUUGUCUCCGAUCUGGUGGAAUGCCGACCAUUCCAGAAUUACUAUCAGGUUUUGCCUGAUCCUGGCGGACAGUGCCGCCAAGGCUUUGUUCAACUCCUGACUAUGGCAGCUUGUAACAUUGUUACGGAUUCAAUGCUCGUGAUAUUCCCAGUCGCCAUCAUUCUCAAAAGCCGUAUGACUUUUAAGAGAAAAGUCCAACUCACACUCUUGUUUUCGCUGAGCUUGGGAGUUGUUGGCACGACUGCAUAUCGUGUGCCUCAUAUUAUUUGGCAAAGCGGAAACCAACAAAUCCGAUCUUUGCUUGCAUCAGUUGAACUGUUGUUUGCCACCACCGCUGCGAAUGCGCUGGUUCUGGGAUCAUUCAUGAGGGAUCGCGGCGUGAAGAAAGCAAAGUUCAGAUAUGGCUCCAUUACCGGCGAGUCCGUUGACUUAUCGACCGUGGCCUCCCGUCGACGACCAACCAUGCGGCACUGGGGAAGUGACGAUGAUCUGAUUCGCAGUUUAGGAUUAUCGGCUGAUCGGGAGCUGCGUAACAAAUACGGUCGGGGCCGUGAUACCACACCUCAGUAUACGCCGGCUCCAUUAGCCAAAAUGCCCGACCACAUGCGGAACUGGGAGUUUCCUAAACGUAACAGGAGCCAUGCCGAACAUAGUGAUGACUCCUUACUUGCCCCAGAUCAGGAGACUUCCCGAACUAAUACGGAAAUAACACCUCGGAGAGUCUCCUUCUUUGAUGUUGGGGGGUUGUUGGAAGAAGAUCAGCAAACGCAGUGGCGCGACAGCUUUACCUCCAGUGUUGACCCUCUUUCGCCCGUUUCGCCGUUCAGCACCCUCUCGCCACACAAUAUACCAACUCCCACGAUACCAGCUUCUUCCAACGGCUUAAGGCGGGGCUCACAAGCAUUGCUACAAGAUAUUGGCAAUCUUUUGAGUCCAUCCACUCCGAGACAAACAAGGUCCAGCCCUGAAAUCAGUCCCAGGACUACCGAGUUACAAUCCAUGUCUCAUUUGCGCCGCGGCCCUGCAUAUGCUCAAGAUUUCCGGAAUCAAGCGGAGCUCGAACUCAUGGACCCAGGCGGCUUGCUACGAUAA